AUGCAGCAGGGGGUUCGCCGUCUGAGAAUCACCCGGGGACAAUCCGGGCCUACAGAGCGACCUGGCCUCGGGCUAGCAGCACACGCUCUGCGUUGGCCCACGAGCCAGACAGGACCUCCAGCAGGAGUUUUACCUUUUUUGCCUGGUUGCGCCGUCAAAACGCCAAUCACACCUCUGCUCGCAACAGCUGCCAACCUGCCGGCUGCCCUUAGAUUACCGCCCAGUCUGCAUGCAGUGUCCACUGUCCGCGACGUAUCCGGGCAACAGGCGAGCACCGUGUCAGCAGCGCAGCAAUAUCGCCUAGACGCCGCGUCCAUUCUUGCAUUUAAUGAUCUAUGCGACCUGCCAGAGCUUUCUCGAGCUCUAGCAGGUCUCAAGAGGGAAACCGCGACGCUGGCGGACCCAUAUCGCAACUAUUCGCUCGACUACGCCUCUCAGGACAAUAGCAAGUCGCAAGAACAGUCUGGUUUGCUUGUUUAUCAAACAACCCAGCCACAGGUCGUGCACCAUGGGGCGACUGCUGAAAUGCCGUUUGUGCCCCGUGGUGCGCAGCAACCUGCCCCCGGACAGCAGCACCAUCAUCACCACCACCACCAACAGCAGCAGCAACAUUCUCAACAUGCCAGUCCUUCUAUGCUGCGAGCCUCGGUCACUCAUUCCGUCGUUCCAGAUGUCCAUCCGCAGCCGCUCCUUAUGAACCCACACCAGCUUGCUCCACCCCCGCUUUCAUCUCAGUAUCCUCCAAAUCCGCUCCAGUUCCAGCCUUCCCGGGCUCCGAAGCGGGCGCGGGUCGACGGAGGCGAAGGGAGCGAAGAUGAAAAUCGACUGGACCUGGGAUUCCAGAUGCUAAAAACAGAUUCGCACCCAGAGGGGACUCAAUCGCCCGACAUGAUGAUGUCUGCUCAUAGUGAUUCGUCCACUCCGCAUCGCACUUAUGCUUUACCGCCGCCGAUACAUCCCCAGCAGCAACAGCAUCAUCAUCAUCACCAUAGACUACCACAGGCCCUGAUUCAUCCAUCGCAGCAGGCUGGCGGCGACAUGAAUUCACCUCCUAUGUCUUCCGGCCUCCCGAGUGUUGUUGGACAGGCUGGGAUGCCAGAUCCGGCGCCCCGGCCGCGCGGACCGAAGCUAAAGUUUACCCCGGAGGAGGAUUCUUUGCUCGUUGAAUUGAAAGAGAAUAAAAACUUGACCUGGAAGCAAAUAUCGGAUUUCUUCCCCGGGAGAACAAGCGGCACUUUACAAGUGCGGUAUUGCACCAAAUUAAAAGCCAAAGAUACGGUUUGGACGGAUGAAAUGGUGCAAAGGCUGCGAAAUGCAACCCAAGACUACGAGAAUGACCGCUGGCGGAUCAUCGCAGGAAAAGUCGGCCACGGUUUUACUCCGGCGGCUUGUCGUGAAAAGGCCACGGAAUUAUAG